UCUCUCCCACCUUUUCCUUAUUUCUAUUUUCCCUAUGCCUCUAAACUUGCUGUGACCUUCACAUGCAGCCCCUACAACCAUUCGUAUCCUUCAUCUGCAACUGAGUACAAACGAAAUGGGCGUUCCUGGUGGCAAACUACAGGACCUUGAGCGUCAACGUCUCGAGCUCGAGGACAACAUCUUGAAACUCCAGGAAUCUCUCUAUCUCUGGAGGAUAUGGGAGGCAGAGUACGAUGGCUUCAAGGAUGAGGUAAGCGAACUUGGUGUCGACGCUACGACGGAUGACUUUCUCCGCGUUGGUCGCGAUUUUGGCGGGUCGCUAGUUACGGAAGAUGAAGUCGAGGUAAUCCUUGGGGUGAAACAAGGCGUGACGCGGACCAAACAACAGGUCAUUGACCUCGUAUCAAGACGAGUUGACUACGUGAGACAGAAUGUCAUGACUAUGGAAAAGCGGCUACGUUCGAUAGAGAACCAGCUGCAUGUGUUUGACUCUGCUGAGCAACUACCAGCGGAACCCACCGCGGACUACCCCAUGACGGAGAUUGUUGAGGAGCUGGAUGAGGAUGGAAAUGUUAUCUCGAGCUCAACCGCGACACCCGGAGAUCAGGCGCCGGAGCUUUUAGAACUUCUCAAGAAGGCUGGUGUGAAGGAUAUCCCGGACCAUCUGAAGACAGACACGCAGGCUGAAUCCAAAUCGGAGGGUGAAUCUAGCCCAGCAGUCAAACAAGAUCAGGAAGAGGCCGCAGGCAAGCCCAACUCUCAGGAGACCAACAGAAGUUCUGUGACUUCUUCCCAGGAGAACUCAACAGAGUCCAAGCUGGUGACUGAAAAUCAGGAGAUACCUAUUACUGAAAUUGAUGAAUCCCCAGAGGAUGCCAAACUACGUCGCGAGAUGCUACAGUAUGGACUUGAUGAGGUUGGAGCUGUUGUGGCUGAGCUUGAGCUAGAUGAGGAUGGAAGUGAUAUAUCUGUAGAUGAUGAUUACAAUGCUUCCGCGUAUGACGAGGAGGACGAGGAGGAAGAUGAAUAUGGGCGGAGUACUCGAUCUGUUUUGAACGAGGAUUAUCACCGACAGAUGCGUGCGCUAGAAGCCAAGUUGAAUGCUCGAGGGAUGUGGAACAUGGGCAAAGACACUGGCUCGCUGCCCGCGGAUGUGCAAAAAGAGCUCGAACAGCCCAGUGUGGUCCGAGUUGAGAAGAGCGCCGAGUCUACAGAUAAACCAAUGCCAGAAAACAAGCCGAAAAAGAAGGUUGCUUUUGCAGAGAGUCUUGAUAUCGCCCCUGCCCCUAAGACUCCGACUGUGGAGAAGAAGACUGCCCUUCGGCAAUCGGAAGUGCCUGUCCUAUCAGAUGCAGUUGUUGAACGUACAGAGUCAGUUGCCAAGAGCUCAACCACGAAUAAUGCUCCGAAGAAGACAUCUCGCUUCAAGAGUGCCCGAACUACUACCAGUGAGAGUAGUACUCUACCUUUUGAAGCACCCUCUUCUCUCCGCAAGCCCAUCACCUCAACGUCUCCUUCAUUACCUCUGUUCCCCGCCAGGUCAUCUGAACCUAAACCCUUUUCCCAGCCAAUUUCGGAUAUUACCGACGAAGAGUCACCCGCUUCCCAAGGACCCGAGGGGAAGAUCUUGGCCGACAAGCUCGUCGAGCAUGAGGUAUCUCAAGGUGCCGCCAUCCCGCCUGAGCUCGAUGAGAUCGAUGAGCAAAUCCAUAGGAAGGAGAUCGCAAGUGAAUUCUAUCGAAUGAGAAACAACAGGAUCCAGCAGAACGGUGGUUUCGUACGUGGGGAGCCAGAGAUCGUGCCUAUCGAAACCGAAGAGGCUCCGAGGCGGGUGAGCAGAUUCCGAGCUGCUCGAAUGACAUAACCAUGAAGACAAUAGAACAGAUACCCAAUAUAUAUUCAGCUAAGAGCUAGGCAUUUCUUCCGUUUUGGUGACGCGUAGCAAC